AUGACCACCGAGCUUGCUGGCUGGUUUUCGCGAUGGCUGCAGACACAGGACUUCAACCAAGUCCGGAGUAUUGUCACAUGGCAGGUUAUGGAGCGGCCGCGCAGAUGGAGACAGUUUAUCGUCGGCUUCUUGCUUGUUGCAUUGCCAGUGCACGGGAUGCUCAUCGCUCUGACUGUGUUAGCCGCGGACUGGUGGGGAUUUGCAAACGUGAUAGCCAUGGCCAUUUCGGUGGUAGUGCGAUGCAUAAUGGUAGCAGAGAAUCAGGCCGGCAUCGAUGCGAACAUCCAGAAAGCAGAAGAAGCAGCUCAAGGUUACCCAGCCAAGCGAGCCAAGUAUGAUGAGUCAAUGGAGAUAUUGGAGAGCCGUCGCCAGAAUGGAUACGCCAUAGACGGAGUCAAAAUACCCAUCGAGCCUCAAGACCCAAACAAAAUUGCCAAGGUAAUUGUGUUGACAGAAGACUCGAAGGUCGUCACUCUUGCAAUCCCCGCGUAUCUGCCGAGAUGGGUAUUUGCAACCAAUCCCCAGCCACCGAACCGAUACAUUUAUCAGGCGUGCCAAUGGAUAGGCUGGGCCGCUUUUGCGGUGCAUGUCAUCAGUAUCGGAAUGGCAGCCUUGUACACACAAAUUGUGUCAGUGGUGGUGAUUCUCGUUUCUACAGUCCUCCCGGCCCACGGAGUUGGCGGUGAAGACUCUCGGAUAUGGGAAUCCAUUCGAAGUCACUGGGGCCACGAAGUGCAAGAAAAAAGCUGCUGGGUUAGCUCAAGACUCAAGGCCACCGUAUCUAUUUACCCCGAGGAGUAUAUGGAUUGGCCCGAGUUAGAGGAGCAGAAACCCCUCACUGUGCAUGUAGGCAAUGAAGAGAAGAUCGGCAAACAAUGGACUAGGCUGAUAGGCCCGUCUGACUUGAAAUCUACUCCAAUCCCAAAAGGAAAGAAGGACGAAACUCGGCAGGACUUACUCGCUUGGCUAGAUUUAACGAUGGAGGAAGAUGACGUGCUGACUGCUUGGGGGCUCAUACCACAUAGCCGGGAAUGGAAAAAUGUAUAUUUAGAGAAAAAGAAUAUACAUCACAGGAGAUUGGUGACGAUAUCAUUGGAUUCCGCCCAUUGA